AUGAACUCACCGGCUUCACUCGAAAUGGAGCAUUUCGACUGUUCUAACUCCCAUCUUGAACGGGUUAAGCGAGAGCAUCCAACCAAGGACGGCGCACGACGUCUAAGGAAGGCCUCUGACUCAGCUGCCAUUGCUGAUCUAGAGGCGACCGUCCGCGGAGACAGCUACUCGAAGGAUGUGCUUGCCAGCGUUCCUCCUAAAGCCCUUGACGAGAUACUGGGCUGCCAUUGGACAAAGCGCGACCACAUACGAUUGGAGAUGAUUAGGAGCCAUGUCGUACUCAAAGACUGUACGAGGAUGAUCGUUUCAAUGAUAUUCCUCUGCCUCGCGGAGUUCUUUACAGCGCUUGACUUAUUUUUGGUCAUCCUUCCUAAGAUUGCUCGAGCUCGAUCCAACGCGGUGGACGAGAGCCAGUACCCGGUGGAGGUCGUUUGGGGGGAAACUGUUACUAACUGGAAGCCGACAACGGUGCCUGCCAAUCUGACCCUUUUCCGCGGUCUUCAAGUCGGAUUGCUAUGCGGUUUCGAAAUCAAAGGGUCCGACGAUCCAGAAAAACCGAACUUUGAACGACAGAUACCACAAGCCGUUGCGGAAACUAUUGCCUGCAUGGAAAAGGCAGACGUCAGCACUGGAAAGUGGAUACUCACAGAUGGCGUUCGAUGGGUGUUUGCGACGGUCCACAAGGAGCCCGAGAAGAAACCAACGUAUCAGUACCUUUGCCGUUCAUAUCGCCCUUGGGACACGACAGGUAAGGACACGACGGCCUUGUUUGAAUUCAUGGCGUACUGGCUCCUAUGGAAGUCGGAGUGA